AUGUUUUCUCUGAUCGCCUCCCGCACUGGGGCGGCGACUGUCGCUGCCAUUGCUGCGCGGUCCGCCGCAAACCCGGCUUUUGGUAUGGCGGCUACUCGGGCCUACUCCGCUGAGGCCGACAAGAAGAAGAAGAAGAAGAAGGACCAGAUUGGCCUGGUCCGCGUGCAGCUCCAGUCCAAUGUCCGCGAUGUCGGUGUGGCCGGUCAGGUGGUCUACGUGGCGGCCGGCUACAUGCGCAACUACCUGCUGCCCACUCGUCGGGCCCUCUAUGCCCCGCGCGACCACCAUGCCGUUGGUAAGCUCCGCUUCCAGGAGCUCCAGCGCAAGAAGCAGCUGGAGGCCCUCAGUCUGGAUCCCGAUGCGGUCCUCGCCGGUGAGGAGGGCGAUGCCCCCGUUGAGGAGAUCGCCUCCGGUGCGGAGGACACCCCGAUUGCCAUCGAGGAGGCCCCCGCCGCCACUGUUGAGGAGGUUGUCAUCUCGGAAAAGGCCCCGGAGGCGGCCUCUCAGCCAGCCACCAACUAA